UGGUGUAUAAUGAAAUCGAACAGUUUUAACAAAUGCGGAAAUUUUAAACGUAACAUUCGGCGUGGAUGUUCUUUUCAAUCUAACGAAUAAUUCUUUUAAAACUUACACCAAAAAUAUGAACAGAUCCGUGGAGAAUGCAUCUUGUAAUGAAAAUAUUACUUUAAGACGUAAACAUAAUCACAGAAAGAUUUUAUCAGAUGUUUUAAACAGUAGUGAUGAUUCUUUCACAAUACCUCCACCAUUAUCUGAAAGAAUAAAAACUUCGUACACUCCUGUUUCUGAAACAUGUCCGAAGAAGUCAGAUUUUAACAGUAGCGAUGAUUCAUUCACAUUACCUCCACCAUUAUCUGAAAGAAUAAAAACUUCGUACUUUUCUGCUUCUAAAAUAUGCCCGAAGAAGUCAGAUUUUAACAGUAGCGAUGAUUCGUUCACAAUACCGCCACCAUUAUCUGAAAGAAUAAAAACUUUAUACACUCCCGUUUCUAAAACAUGUCUGAAGAAGUCAGAUUUUAACAGUAGCGAUGAUUCUUUCACAAUACCUUCACCAUUAUCUGAAAGAACAAAAACUUUGUACAUUUCUGAUUCUAAAACACAUCUGGAGGAGUCAGAUUUUAACAGUUUAACAUCUACCGAUGAAAGUGAUGAAGAAUUUAAUGCAUUGCUUGACAGAGUAAAGACUCCAUUGAGAGGACACAAAACCAAUGCUUUACCUAGCAGUCUAGAUGAAAAUUUCAAAAAGUUUACAACUGUCGAACAGAAACUCAGAUCAUUAAGAAUUUCUUCUCCAAAAACACAUGUCACACCCAUUACUUAUAAUCCAGUUACACUUCCAAGACAUAAGAAAACUAUAAAAAAUGUAUUUUCUUCAGCUGAUAUUAAUGAAUCAUUUGAAACUAAAAGACUGCCAAAUGAGAAAAAUAUAUUUAAUUCUGAAAGGAAAAGAAACUAUGUGACAAAUAAAUCUCCCGAAACCCCAUUGAAGAAGGAAGAAAAAAUUUCUUUUUUAGAAUCUCUCUCAUCCAAAAUACCAAUUUCAGAUAUUCAUAAAGAUGCUCUUCCUUUUCGUACAAAUUUCAAAAAGACAAAAGAUGAUCUAAUAAAAGUUCUCUAUAAAAAAUAUAAUGAUACUGUUUUUAGUAAUAAGCUUCCCGAUGACUUAUCUAUCACCUGGAAUACUCGUAUGACAAAAACUGCUGGCUUUUGUUAUUAUCACCAGAUAGCAAGAACCAGAUAUGCAAAAAUAGAACUGUCGACUAAAGUGUUAGAUUCGGCAGAUCGAGUUAGAGAUACACUGAUUCAUGAAUUAUGUCAUGCGGCAAGUUGGAUUAUGUAUGGUUAUCGUGAUGGACACGGGUCUAUUUGGAAUUAUUUGGCAAAAAAAGCGAAUAGAUUAUUACCAGAAUUACCGGAAAUAACUAGAUGCCAUUAUUAUGAUAUAAUGACAAAGUACGUUUAUAAAUGUACAGGAUGUGGAGGAUGCAUCGGACGUCACUCAAAAUCGUUAGACAUCAAAAGGAAGCUGUGUGGACGUUGCGGAAGAACUUUUGAAUUGAUGACAAAUAGAGGAUCUGGGUACAUGGUCAGCACUUCUAAACCUGUGACGGGAUUUGCUCGUUUUGUAAAAGAAAAUUAUGGCAUUGUUAAAGAAGCUCAUCAGGGAAUCAAGCAUGCAGAAAUAAUGAAAAAGCUCAGCAUCCAGUUUAAGUCUCUGGAUUCUUUGGAUACUGCCAAUAAUUAAAACUGUAGACCUGUCCUUUUAUAAUAUAUUUAUUUUUAAAUAAUAAGUUUUUAAUUUAAAGUCGAUUUUUUGCCGACUUUUAAAUGUCUUGUAAAGUCAGUAUUUGCUAUUGAAGAAAGUUGCUUUUAAGUAGGAUUUUAAUUAAGAACUAUUUAUUUGAGAUUUUAAAAAUAUCUUAUUUAUUGAUAAUUAAUAAAAAUCAUAAUAUAAAAUUUUUAUAAAUGAAAGCAAAAGAAAAUAAUAUAUUAG